AUGGACACUAUAAUUUCUUCCUAAAAUGCUGAAGACAGAACAUGACAGGAAAGAAUCAAACUAUUGUCUUAGAAUUCCUCCUCCUGGGCCUGCCCAUCAAGUCAGAGCUGCGAGACCAGUUCUAUGCCCUGUUCCUGCUCAUGUAUGUUACCACCAUCCUGGGGAACCUGCUCAUCAUCGUCCUCAUUCGCCUGGACUCCCGCCUCCACACGCCCAUGUAUUUGUUUCUCAGUAACUUGUCCUUCUCUGACCUCUGCUUCUCCUCUGUCACAAUGCCCAAUCUGCUGCAGAACAUGCAGAGCCAGGUCCCAUCCAUCCCCUAUGCCGGCUGCCUGACCCAGAUGUACGUCUUCCUAUUUUUUGGAGACCUGGAGAGCUUCCUCCUGGUGGCCAUGGCCUAUGACCGCUAUAUGGCCAUCUGUUUCCCCCUGCACUACACCACCAUCAUGAGCCCCAAGCUCUGUCUCUCCUUGGUGGUGCCGUGCUGGGUGCUGACUGCUGCCCAUGCCAUGUUGCACACCCUGCUCAUGGCCAAGCUGUCCUUCUGUGCCGACAACAUAAUCCCCCACUUUUUCUGUGACGUGUCUACUGUGCUGAAGCUGGCCUGCUCUGACACUCGAGUCAAUGAGUUGGUGAUAUUUAUCAUGGGAGGGCUCAUUCUCGUCAUCCCAUUCCUACUCAUUGUCAUGUCUUAUGCACGGAUUGUGUCCUCCAUCCUCAGGGUCCCUUCUGCCAGGGGCAUCCGCAAGGCCUUCUCCACCUGUGGCUCCCACCUCUCCAUGGUGUCUCUCUUCUAUGGGACAGUUAUCAGUCUCUGCUUGUGCCCAUCAGCUAAUAAUUCUGCUGUUAAGGAGACUGUCAUGGCCGUGAUGUACACUGUGGUCACCCCCAUGCUGAAUCCCUUCAUCUACAGCCUGAGGAACAGAGACAUGAAGGGAGCCCUGGGAAGAGUCUUUUGUGGAAAGAAAAUUCCCUUCUCUGUAUGAUGGUAACAUUUGGUAUUUUUACAUAUUUCUAUCUAGUAGGUAUAAUAAUAUUGGAAUAUUAUCCCAGAUUUUUUUCCCUUACCAUGGAAACUU